GGCUCAUGUCAUACAGCUGUACGGCGCAUGUGUAUUACCGUGGUAGCGGAGCGUGGCAAAACCAAUCAGAGCCAACAAGCGCAAACAAAAUCAAAAAUCGUUCAUCCCAUGGUACUAUUCUCUCGUGAAAAAUACAAUAUGCGAUAGUUGGCGAUAUAUGGAUAUAGUUUUUGUUGAUAAAUAAUUAACAGUUAAAAUUUCCAAUUACAGGUUAAGAAUAUUUAGCAAUGAUGUCAACACGAUACGUUUCUUUCAUAUCUGGAAUGGUAAUAGCCUCGUUAACGUGGGCUUUCAGUUUGUAUCUCUAUUCAAGGUUGUCACAAAACACCGAUGCUGUCAACCCCACAAUGUUAAUAUCAGAAAAUACAAAAUUGUUAGAUGAAUUUACAUAUGAUCGUAAGAAGUACAAUGCUAAAUCGCACAAUAAUUUAAUGGUACAUCGCGACAAAGAGUCUUGGAUGGAUAAAGGUGUUUACAAUUUAAAAGGAAAUAAUUUUAAAAACAGUGACAAACUAUUACAACAGCUACAACCUGUGCCAAUAAAGUCUGCUGUUACCUUAGCAGGCCAAGGAUUAGACGAAUUAGGAAUGAUAAGAAAUUUCGAUGAUCAACGAAAACGAGAGGAAGGAUAUAAAAACUAUUCCUUUAAUAUACUAGUAUCGGAUAAUAUUGGCUUACAUAGAGAAUUGCCAGAUACAAGACAUAAAUUAUGCGAAUUGCAAAAAUAUUCCAAUAAAUUGCCAAAUGCUAGCAUCGUUAUAUGUUUUUAUAACGAACAUUACACGACACUUUUAAGAUCUUUACAUAGUAUUAUCGAAAGAACCUCUAAACAUCUUUUACAUGAAAUUAUCUUAGUAAACGAUUGGAGCGACAGCAAAGAAUUACACGGAAAGAUGAAAGUGUACAUUGAUAAUAAUUUUGAUGGGAAAGUAAAAUUUUUCAAAACAGAGAAGAGAGAAGGAUUAAUUAGAGCAAGAAUGUUUGGUGCAAGAAAGGCAACUGGAGAGGUUCUAAUUUUCUUAGAUAGUCACAUAGAAGUGAACAAAAUGUGGGUAGAACCUCUCCUCUCACCAAUUGCUCGUUCAAAAACUGUCGUCGCCAUGCCAGUUAUCGAUAUAAUUAAUCCAGAUACCUUUCAGUAUACAGAUAGUCCUUUAGUAAGAGGCGGUUUCAACUGGGGUUUGCAUUUUAAAUGGGAUAAUUUGCCAGUUGGAACACUGGUACACGAUGAAGAUUUUAUAAAACCGAUAAAAUCACCCACAAUGGCUGGAGGGUUAUUCGCAAUGGAUAGAGAAUAUUUUAUAAAACUUGGCGAAUACGAUGCUGGAAUGGAUGUUUGGGGUGGUGAAAAUCUCGAAAUAUCAUUUAGAAUUUGGAUGUGCGGUGGGAGUAUCGAAUUAAUACCUUGUUCAAGAGUUGGGCAUGUAUUUAGAAAACGAAGACCGUACGGUACAGAUGAUCAGCACGAUACUAUGUUGAAAAAUUCGUUGCGAGUGGCAUACGUUUGGUUAGACGAAUAUAAAGAUUACUUCUUAAGAAACGUUAAAAGAAUCGAUUACGGUAACAUUACAGACAGACUAAAUUUACGAGAAAAAUUGAAAUGCAAAAAUUUUUCAUGGUACUUAAAAGUGGUAUAUCCUGAGUUAGCAUUACCAGAUGAUAACAAGAGUAGAUUAAAAGAUAAAUGGGCAAAAGUAGAACAAAAAGCAAUGCAACCUUGGCAUUCCAGAAAAAGAAGUUAUACCGAUCAGUAUCAAAUCAGACUUUCUAAUACAGCCUUAUGCAUUCAAAGUGAAAAAGAUAUCAAAACAAAAGGUGCGAAACUUAUUUUAAUGCCAUGUUUAAGGAUAAAAUCACAGAUGUGGUACGAAACAGAUAAGAAAGAAUUAGUACUAGGUCAAAUGCUAUGCAUGGAGGCAGCAGAGAAAUAUGCAAAACUUGGAAAAUGUCACGAAAUGGGUGGCAAUCAAGAGUGGCGAAACAAAAGUGCCAAAGGUACACCUGUAUACAAUAUGGCAGCUGGUACGUGUUUAGGAGCGUCACUGGCAGCAAAGGGCGCUCAAGUAAUAAUGGAUUUGUGUACUAAAUCGGAUACUAGUUUUAUAUCAUGGGAUUUAGUACGUUCCAAGAUCCUUUCAAAAGAAAUUAGAUGA